CAGGCGGGGAGGGCGAGCGGGCGAAGGGGAGGGAGUGUAAAUAGAGCGAGGGCGGCUCCGCGCUGGUUCUGCCACCUCCGGACAACUCGGGGAAGCGCCCCAGAGGGCGAUGGAAGAAGAUGAGCAAGAGCAGCGGCGCAAGAAGGUUGAGGCCGGGAGAGCGAAGCUUGCUCACUUCCGACAGAGAAAAACAAAAGGUGACUGUGCGCAUUCGAAGAAAAAGACGGCGAAGAGGAAGGGCCCGGCUGUCGAUGCGCCUGUCCAGGAGGAGAGUUCGCUAGUCACCCAGGAUGGUGGGCUCCUAGAUGGAGGCGACAUUUGCAAAAGCUCAGCAUGCAGCAACAGCCCAGACGGGCCUGGAGGGACAUUUGCAGCUCAGGAGCAAGAUCAAGACUGUGAGCUGGUGGGUACACCCAAGGACAAGGCUGGCCAGCAGCAGCCUCAGGCGGCUCACAGCCUUGAGUUGGAAGCCCUGCGCCUCAGCCUGAGCAACAUGCACACUGCACAGCUGGAGCUGACACAAGCCAACCUGCAGAAGGAGAAGGAGACAGCACUGACUGAGCUGCGGGAGAUGCUCAACGGCCGGCGUGCGCAGGAGCUGGCCCUUCUGCAGAAUAGGCAGCAGUGUGAGCUGGAGCUGGUCCGGGAGCAGCAUGCUCGCGAGAAGGAAGCCAUGGCGUUCCGCUAUGGGCAGGAGAUGGCUGAGUUGAAGGAGAAAUUACAAUCAGAAUUGGAAAAAAAUGCCCAGAUGAUAGAGACCCUAAAGCAAGACUGGGAAUCUGAAAGAGAGUUGUGCUUGGAAAAUCUCCGUAAAGAAUUAUCUGCAAGGCACCAGUCAGAAAUGGAGGAUUUGCAAAACCAGUUUCAGAAAGAAUUGGUAGAACAGAGAGCUGAACUGGAGAAGGUUUUUCAAGGCAAAACUCAGGCUGAAGCGUCUCUGAAGAGCCUAGAGGCGCAGCACCAGGCAGCAGUCAGGAAGGUACGUGAGGAAUUGCAGUUGGAGCACUGUCAGUAUUUAGAAAACCUGGAGUUGAAGUUCAGAGAAAAGGAAAAAGAAAAGCAGCUGGAGUUAGAGAAUCUUCAAGCAUCCUAUGAAGACCUAAAGGCUCAGUCACAAGAAGAAAUCAGGAAUCUGUGGUCCCAACUUGAGUCUACGAGAACCAAAAGAGAGGAACUACAUGAGCUGCAGCAGCCUCCCCCGGCUGGAGUGCUGCACCUGGAGGAGCUGGAACACCUUCGGCAGGAGUUUGCACAGCAACAGCAGCGUGACAGAGCCCAGCAUGAGUCUGUACUGGAGCAGUUGAGGCUGUAUUUUGAGAAUAAGUUGAGGGAUGCUGAGAAGACUUAUCAAGAGGACCUGAGCCUGUUCCAGCAGCGGCUGCAGGAGGCCAGGGAAGAUCCUCUCCUGGGGUCUGUGGAAAUCAGUUCAUCCUGUGCGUUUUUAGAAGACACAUCUGACAGGGAAGUAAAAGAACACCCUGAUCGACCUGACCUUCAACUUGAGCAAGAGGAGGCGAGUGUGGUGUGCUUACAGGCAGGCCUGGAGGAAAACCAUAGGCCGGGGUCAGAAUUGUGUUCCUCCUUCUGUGUCCAGCAUGAGGAGGAUGAAUCAGACAGAGACCACAUGAGGCUGAAGGUGGUGGACUUGGGGGAGCUCCGAGCUGCAGUCUCAGACCAGCACAGCCAAGAGAUAGCAUGGGUGCAACCCCAGUGUACGCAGGACAAGGCUGUGGAGGUGGAAGCACAGGUGACAGCCAGAGUCCUGGGUUUGGAAGCUGAGCACAAGGUUAAACUUUCACUCCUUCAGACUGAACUCAAAGAAGAAAUUGAACUCUUAAAAAUAGAAAACAGACACUUACGUGAAAAGUUGCAACAUGAGUCCCGGCUGAGAGGGGACCUGGAGAGUGUAAAAUUUAGUUUAGUGGAAGACCACCAGGAAGAACUAAACAAAACUGAGGAGAAGAUUCAACUACUGAAACAGGAGUUCAAAAAAAAAGAAGCAGAGUGGCAGAUUUCACGUGAAGCUCUGAAGAGAGAAGCUGAAGAGAAGGUGACCUCCAUGCUCCUUGAGCUUCGAGAAAAGGCUGACCUGGAGAAGCGGUCCAUAGUAAGCAGGUUUGAGCUUCGGGAAGCUGAAAUGAAGAAGCUUCAGGACCAGCAGGCAGCCCAGAUCCUGGACCUGGAGAGGUCCCUGACAGAGCAGCAGGGCCACUUGCGGCAGCUGGAGCAAGGGCUUGCUGGGGACGAUGCUGCAUUGUGCAGCCGGUGUGGCCAGGAGCCCUCUGCAGCCCAGCAUGGGGAGCACACCAUGCCCCUCCCGGACGAGUGCUGUGCCCUCCAGCUGAUGCUGGCUCAGAACAGGUUUUUGGAGGAGCGCAAGGAGAUCGUGGAGAAGUUUGCCGCAGAGCAAGAUGCUUUCCUGCAGGAUGCCCAGGAGAAGCAUGCACGCGAGCUCCAACUCCUGCAGCAGAGGCACCAGCAGCGGCUUCUGUCCUUGAGGACAGAGCUCGAGAGCAAGCACCAGGCUGAGCUUGCUGAGCUGAUGGCCACCCUGCAGAGCGAGCACCAGGUGCUUCUGGAGACUCGUGUGGCUGAACUGCAGAUGAAACAUGCUGCUGAGAUCAGUGCUUUGGAAACUAGACAUUUGUCCAACCUGGACGCUCUGGAAUCUUGUUACCUGUCUGAAAUGCAGACUGUUCGGAAUGAGCACAGGCGGGCUCUAGAGCUUUUGCGAGCAGACCUUGAGGAACAGCUGCGGUUAAAGGACUCUUCGCACCAAGUGAUUUUGACCCAGGAGUUGGAGAAACUAAAGCAGAAACAUAACAUAGAGCUUCAGUCUGCAAAAGACAGUCUGAGAACUGAAAUGAGCACCAUUCAUGCAAAGCAACUGGCAGCGCUGGACAGGAAGCUGCAGGGCGCACACCAGGAUGCGGUUGAAAGUGAACAGCAAGCUGCUGUGCGCGAAGCAGAGGUGCGGAGCCUGGAGCUUGAGCCGGCCCAGCGUCUCUCCCAAGAGCAGAGCCCAUCGCAGCUGCAGGAGGACAGCCAGGUCCAGCAGCUGAAAGACCAAGUCUUAUCCUUAAGUCAGGAGGUAGAAGAGUGCCGCGCUGAGCUUGAGAGGCUGCAGCAGAGGCGUGAGAGGGAAAACCAGGAGGGUGCCACCCUCAUCUCCAUGCUCAGGGCUGACAUGGACCUGUCUCAGGGCGAAAGGAGAGCACUUCACGAUGCCCUGAGGAGGUUGCUGGGCUUGUUUGGAGAGACACUCAAGGCAGCUGUUGCCCUGAAGGGCCGAAUCAGUGAGCACGUGGGGCUCCUCCUGGACCACACAGGCACCACAGCUGCAGACCAGGCUCCUUCUACAGCCCUGGAAGAGGUAUGGUCAGAUGAUGUGGCCCUGCUGGAGUUGGACAGAACUUUACCUGAAGGUGCAGAGAUGUCUUCGCUGGAGGAUAUUAGCAGUCAUGUAUGUGAGAGUUUUUUCAUGAGCCCCGAGAGUACGCUGGAAUGUGAGCAGCCGAUCAGGAGAGUCUACCAGAGCCUCAGCAUGGCUGUGGAUGGCCUCCUGGAGAUGGCUCUGGACUCCUCUCGACAGCUAGAGGAAGCACGCCAGCUUCAUUCUCGUUUUGAAAAAGAGUUUAGUCAUAAAAACGAGGAGAUGGCACAGGUUGUCCAGAAACACCAGGAGCUUCUGGAAUGCUUGCGGGCAGAGGACACUGCAAAGGCCACGCUGACACUGGAGCUGCACACAGCUGAGGGCCUCCUUGAAGGACUCAAGGUGGAGAAGGCGGGUCUGCAGGAAGCACUGACCCAGAAGGAGGCAUCAGAGAAGCAGCUAGUCCUGGAUCUGGAGAGCCUGGGCCGGCAGCUGCAGCAGGCAGCUGAGGAGCAGGCUGUGCUAAGAGAGGAGCAUGCCCUGCUGAAGAGCCAGAAGGAGGCUCAGGCUGUGGAGGCAGAAGCAAGAGAAGCUGGCACUCGUGUCACUGCGGCACAUAGGGACUCAGCACUGCAGAAGGAGGUGGAGACUCUGACCAGAGAGCAGUCAGAGGCCAGGAGGCAGUCAGAGAAGGACCGUGCGGCUCUGCUCUCACACAUGCGAGUCUUAGAGUCUGAGUUGGAGGACCAGCUCGUGCAGCACCAGGGCUGUGCUCGGCAGGUGGAGGAGGCGGCCACUCUGAAGCAGCAGUUGGCAGCCCUGGACAAGCAUCUGCGCAGCCAGCGACAGUUCAUGGACGAGCAGGCUGCUGAGCGAGAACAUGAACGUGAAGAGUUCCAGCAGGAGAUCCAGAGGCUGGAGGAGCAGCUCCGCCAGGCAACCAGGCUUCGGCCUCCAAGCCCCCAUGACAGCCAGCAGUGCCUGCAGCUGGACGAGGAGGUUGAAUUGUUACAAGAAAAAUUGAGAGAAAAAUCAGAUGGAUAUAAUGAAUUGGUUUUAAAGAAAGAAUUGGCAGAUAGAAGAGUUUUAAUUCAGGAAGAAGAAAUUAAACGUCUUGAGGAGAUAAAUGCCCACACCAGAGGACAAGUGGCCCUGCUCCAGGAAGAACUGGAAAAACAGAAAAAUGUUGUGAAAAAAUUACAAGAUAAAGAGGCACUAACAGAACCACAGAUGAGUGACUUGCUGCAUGUGCCCACGUUGCAGUCCAGACCCAUUGAAGGCAGAUAUCCAGUGCUUCUGCUGGGCAGCCAUCCUGAGGCCCAGCCAGAGGUUGUGCAGAGGGCACUUCUGCAGGAUGAGAAUGAGGUUGUGUACCACAGAAGUUCUGAGGUUGAAGAGCUGAAAUCCAUUAUUGAGAAUUUGCAAGAGAACCAAGAACGAUUACAGAAGGACAAAGCAGAAGAAAUCGAGCAGCUCCAUGAGGUCAUUGAGAAGCUGCAGGGUGAGCUGGCCCUCCUGGGGCCUGUGGUACAUGAACUCAGUGACCAUCAAGCUGACAGUCUUCGCAGUGAACUGCUGUGCUUCCAGGCUGAGGGCCCCGGUGGGCAGGCACUGCGGGGAGAGCUAGAAGCUGCACUCUCCGCCAAGGAGGCCCUGGCGCAGCUGCUGGCUGACCAGGCGCAUGGGCACAGCAAGGCUCUGGAGGCUCUGCAGCAGCGCCUGCGAGCUGCAGAGGAGGCUGCUGCACAGCAACUGGCCGAGCUCGAACACAACAUGGCCCUCAGGGAGGCCGAGGUUGAGGGCAUGACCUCCCGGAUCCAAGAGUUUGAAGCUGUCCUCAAGGCAAAGGAAACAAUAAUUGAGCAGAGAGAUUUAGAAAUUGAUGCUAUGAACAAGCGGAAGGAGGCUCACUUUGCCGAGCUGGAGGCCGUCCUCUUGGCUGUGGCGCACUUCCGGCGUACCUUAGAACAGCAGCCCCCAGCCAGCCCAGAGCCUCCUGAGCUGCAGCGGCUGCGAGCACAAUGUGUCCGCCUUAGCCGCCAGCUGCAAGUACUGAACCAGUGGUUCCUGAGGUGCCAGGUGGAGCUGGAUAAGCAACAGGCCUGUGGGGUACCUGAGACCCACCCACACCUUCCUGUGGAUACAGAAAGUGGCAACCUGUUGGAGCAGGGAGGUCGCAGCAAGCGACUGGCCUCCACCUCUCGUGGGCGGGGUCCACAGGGUGAUCUGCAGCCUGCCAAAGUCCUGGUGACACUGAAGGAUGCUGACCUCCAGAAACCAGAAAGUGUGAUGUCAGUGCUUACAGUCUGCCAGAGGCAGCUGGAGGCAGAGCUGCUCUUGGUGAAAAGUGAGAUGCGUCUGAGCAUGGAAGAUGAUACUAGGGCUCCGGGGAGAAUGAAGGGUAAGGGAAAAUGGAUGGAAGAUUGUCGGCUGAGAAAAGUUGAUCUCAUAGCUCAGGUGCAACAACUUCAAGAAAAACUGAACUGUCUGGCACAUUCUAUGGCUUUCCAGGACAUUGACCUUGUAGGGUCCGGGUUCCAGCAGCCCUCGGCAUUGACAUACCUGCCAGAAAAUAGCUCCAAUGCUAGUUCUCAUGGCAGGGCAGAAGCAGACAUACUACCUCCUGUUGAUUCACUUAAUAGCGAUAAAUCUACAUGGGAUCUAACUGAUGUUAUUAAGAAUCAGGAUUCCUUGAUCGGAAAUGAAAUGCCAAAUUCCCCCACUCAAGAAAAAAUAGAACCCAAGGAUGGGUGCCUUUCCUUACAAAUCAGUGUUCAUGGUGGCUCCCUCCACGCUGAGGAGGCAGAGCCCCUGAAGGACCCGGGAAAGGUGCUGGACCUGUCUUCUUGGAGCUCCCCUGAGGUCUUGCGGAAGGAUUCCAGCCUUGAGCCCCGCCCCAGCAUCCCCCUGACACCCUUCUCAGGUGCUGUGAGCUUGUGCAGUGCUGAGGCCUCCCCCAAGGACCCCAUACCCUGGCUGCUGCAGAGUAACCUGGGCGGGUCCCCAGGGGAACAGACCCCGCUGUGGACAGCAACCCUGCCAUCUGAUCACCAGCCUGUGGAGAGGAUGGCUGCGGAGAAGGAUGUUGAAGAUUUUACCAUAACAUCUUUUGAUUCUCAAGACAUGUUAAGAUCCCCUCCUCCUGGGUUAGAAGGAAGAAAUGAUGAGAGUGAAAAAAGUGAUGGCCCAGGCUAUGGAGCGAUGCUGAACCUCGGGUCUGGAAGGCCUGCAGCUCCCACUGCUGGUCCUGUGACUGCUCCUCCCAUCUCCAGAGGGUUUCUGCAGCCUCCAGGAGUGAUGCAGGAGGAGGUCCACACAAAGCAUGUGAAGGCUUUGCUGCAGAUGGUAUGUGAUGAGAGCCACCAGAUACUGGCCUUGUCGGAGAGCCGAGACCUCCCCAGCACCCUGAGCAAGGGGGAGCCAUAUGCUGCCCUGGCCUGCUUCCCAGGCGAGGGGCAAGGCCUGUUGGAAGUGGCCCCCGAGAAAGAGAAGGAGCCCCUGGACUCAAGCCUCAGCUGGAAGGGGGAGUUUCUACAGGCCACACAGGAGAUAUUUGCAAGGGAGCAGAAGAUGGUGCAAGCAGAGCUGCAGCCCAGACCCUGUGGCUCAGACCCAGGGGAUCACAGCUCCCCGUGCAAGAAGCUGGAGAAGGUCACCCAAGAGCAGGGAGACCUGCAGGAGAAGGCCUGGGAACACCUUUCCCUGCCCGACAGGAGCAGCCUGCUGUUGGAGAUUCAGGCCUUGCGUGCCCAGCUGCGCAUGACACACCUGCAGAACCAGGAGAAGCUGCAGCAGCUGUACGCAGCACUCACGAGUGCAGAGGCCCGCAGCAGCCGACGGGAACAUCAGUUGCGCAGGCAGGUUGAAUUAUUGGCAUACAAAGUUGAGCAGGAAAAGUGUAUAGCAAGUGACUUACAGAAAACCCUGAAUGAAGAGCAGGAGAGAGCAAGGGGUGUGCGGCAGCUCUUGGCAGUGGAGCAGAGCACUGUGCAGGACCUGCAGUCAGAGCUGCGUGAGUGCCAGCAGGAGAAUACAAGGCUGCUGGAGUCCCUUGGAGAGGCGCAGCGUGAGGUUCUCCAGCUGAGGUCCCUGCUGGAUGGGAAAGAAAGUGACCUGAAGGCUGCGCUGGAGGACCUGGAGCAUGAGAGGGGGAAGGAGCGCACCCUCCAGGCCCAGCAGGAGGAGGAGCAGCUGCGGCACCUGCAGAAGGAGGGCCAGAGCUCCAAAGCCCUGGAGGAAUUAAAAGUUUCUUUGGAGAAGCAGUUUGCUCAAAACAACCAACUGUGUGUUGCACUGAAACAUGAGCGGACAGUGAGGGGCAACCUGCAGCAAGAGCUGCAGAUUGAGCAGUCGCGCUGCGAGGCCUUGCUCGCACAGGAGCGGGGCCGGCUCUCUGAGCUCCAGAGGAGCCUGGAGGCUGAGAAGAGCCACGCGCUGGAGCUCUCAGAGGCCUUGCAGCAUGAGCGGCUACUGACAGAGCAGCUGAGCCGUGGCGCUCAGCAGCCACAGGCGCACCAUGCCCUACUACGGAAGCUAAAGGCAGAAAAGGCCCGAGUGCUGGAACUGCAGGCCACACUCCAGGUGACACAGCAGCAGGCCCUGCAAGCCCAGCAGCAGCUGGAGGCCCAGGUUCAGGAGCGCUGUGCAGAGCUUGGGAGGGAGAAGGAGCGAGAAUUAGAAUUACAGCGCCAGCGUGAUGAGCAUAAGAUUGAACAGCUUCAGCAGAUGGUGCGAGAACUGCAGUCAAAAGUGGAGGUCCCCUCGGGCAGUGGGCCCCACCUGGACUCCCUGGAGCUGGCCAAUGUCUGGGAACAGCGGCAAGGACUAGAGAAGACACGGCAGCAGCUGCUGUGUGUGGCCGGACUCCUGACCAGCCUUGUCAGCCGCACCAUGGACAGGACACUUAAUGACUGGACAUUAUCCAGUGAGAAGGCUGUGUCAUCUUUAGUGCAAACAUUGCAGGGGCUGAAGUCGGAACUGAGCAUGUCUACCUCUUCCCAGAAAAAAAUGGCAGCAGAGCUACAAGUGCAGCUUGUGGAUGUGCUGUUGAGAGACAAUGAUUCUCUCACGGAAGCCAUCAGCACUGUGACCCAGGAGAAGGCAGAGCUGUGCAGGGCCGUGUCCAGGCUCGAGAAGACCCUGAGGCACCAUGUGCAGAAGGGCUGCACCCUGAGUAGGUCGGGCAGGCCUGCGUGGAAGCAGGAUGGAACCAUUUCACAGCGUUCGCCUGGACACUCAGACUCUGGACGGCCCACACUGGCUGCAAGUGAGGAAGCAUAUACCUGCAACAUCAAAAUGGAAAAACUGUAUCUUCGUUAUUUGAGAGCAGAGAGCUUUAGAAAGGCUCUGAUUUAUCAGAAGAAGUACCUGUUACUGUUGAUUGGUGGAUUCCAGGAUUCUGAACAAGAAACCCUGUCCAUGAUUGCUCAUUUGGGGGUAUUUCCUUCCAAAGCAGAUAAGAAAAUCACAUCUCGUCCUUUCACAAGGUUCCGCACUGCUGUCAGGGUGGUCAUCGCAGUAUUAAGGUUACGUUUUUUGGUUAAGAAGUGGCAAGAAGUAGAUCAGAAAAGAGCCCCACUGCUGCAAGGCAAAGCCCCCCACCCAGGACCCCGAGUACCACAGAAGCAGCUAUCUCCGCUGGAAACCAGAGAGUUCCCUCCGACCCAGGCUGGGCCUUCUCACCGCAGGAAGGACUCUGCCCGCCACAUCCCCAGCAGGAGAGAGAGAUCCACUCCAUCCCCAAGUUCAAGAUUAGAAAGAUCCCUGAAUGCUUCUCAAGAUCCAGAACGUUCCUUGACAGAAUAUAUUCACCAUUUAGAAAUGAUCCAGCAGAGGCUAGGGGGAACACCCCCAGAUCCUACUUCCAAGAAAUCCUGUCGCCAGAAGAUUAAACAAUGAAUAAAGUCUUGUGGCUCUUAAACUAUGACAAUUCUGUUUGAGGAAAUGCUGUUUUUCCCAAGGAAAGCAGGGGGUGUGGCAUGGGGUGCUCUUCAUGUGCCCACGGUGCCAUUCCCCAAGUGCCACCCAGUAUUCUUGCUUCUACGAAGUGUGCAAAGCCAAAUGGAGCAUUUUUCUGUGACUUCAGUACCCAACAGCUGCUCGACUCUUCUGUGCCUGACUGUGGAGCCUCUGCCUCCUCCAGGGAACAAGAUGGCGUGGCUUUCUUUUGUCUGUUAAAGUGUCGGAUGGGAACUUCACUUAAAAAUGAAGUUUUAAAACACAUUCAGGAAGGAAGGAAUAAAAUAAACACUGUUCAGUCGUGAA